AGUACAGUGGUGCGCAAGGCUCUGGGCUGCAUCGCUCCUUCCCUUCCCAAAGCUGCCAGCACUUACACCCUGGCCCUGCUGGCCUAUACCUUCGCCUUGGCUAAGGACUCUCAACGCACGCAAGAGCUACUUGAUAUGCUUGAUCGAAAGGCAAUCAGAGCAGGUGGGCAGAUCCACUGGAGUCAGACCUCGUCCAAGCCCAGACCCAGCACAAGCCCUUGGUCACAGCCACUGUCUGUGGAUGUGGAGUUGACAGCCUAUGUCCUCCUGGCUCUGCUCUCCAAGCCAAAUGUCACAGGGUCUGAUCUCACCACAGCCUCUGGCAUCGUGGCCUGGCUCACCAGGCAGCAGAAUGCCUAUGGAGGGUUUGCCUCAACACAGGACACAGUAGUAGCCUUGCAGGCCUUGGCUAAGUAUGCAGCGCUGACAUACAGCACGAAAGGGGUUGCAGAAGUGAGGGUGAGGUCCCAGAGAGGCUUUGGGAGGAAGUUCCAAGUCUCCUACCAAAACCGGCUAUUGGUGCAGGAGGCAGCACUGACAGAAGUUCCGGGAAAGUUCUUGGUGCAGGCCCAUGGCAGCUGUUGUGUCUUUACCCGGAUGGUGCUGAGAUACAACACGCCCUCCCCACAGGUCUCCACAUCCUUUGCCUUGCAAGUGAAAACUGAGCCAGUCAAUUGCACCGAGGACGAUACACACUCUGUUACUGUCUAUGUCAAUGUCAGGUACACUGGGAAGAAAUCCACUUCCAACAUGGUGAUUGUGGAGGUGUCCCUACUGUCUGGAUUUGUCCUGGCUCCAGGAUCCGGGAUGUCUAUGCAGCAUUGGCACCCUGUGAGAAGAACUGAGAAAACACAAGGAGGUGUUGCCAUCUACUUGGAUAAGCUGAGCCAUAAGUCUGAGACAUAUGUCCUGCAUCUGGAGCGGGAGAUUGGGGUGACCAACCUGAAGCCAGGCCAUGUCAGGGUCUAUGACUACUACCAUCCAGAGGAGCAGGCCCUGGCUGAUUAUAAUGUCUUCUGCAUCUGA